GUAUUAUUUACCCACCACGUUGGAGCAACUUUGGGUUGGUCUGACAUCUGCCACCUGAUUGGACACACCUUCUAAAUAGCUGACGCCUACUUCUUUCCAAACUUGAUACGGGGGGGUUGACUUUAACAUUUGCUUCGAUUGGCCCGAAACGAAGUUUGCCGCGCUGCACUGGCGCUAGUCCGGCGUGGGUCAAACUAUAUAAACACUGUGUCUUGGUGUAGGAUGAGAGCCGACACAAGACGGCUGCUAUUUGUUCAACUGCCAGUGUGUGAACAUAAUCAAGAGGAUGCUGCAGCACGCCCUCAAAGUGUCCGGUCGCAGCGUGUCCCCACUAAUCAAGUGGAUGGAGAAGUGGGUUGAAGGUGCAGCGGGCCUGAAGAAAACCUCUCCCGCGGAGCCAGCGCAGAGAAUGAAAACACUGGAGGAAAUGCCCGGACCCACCACCGCAAAAUUUGCCUGGGACCUUUUCGCCAGAAGAGGACUCUGCCGCCUCCAUGAAAUGCAGUUGGAGGGUUUAAAGCGUUAUGGACCAAUGUGGAAGGCAAGCUUCGGUCCCAUCCUGACGGUACACGUUGCAGAGCCAUCCCUCAUAGAGCAGGUGCUGAGGCAGGAGGGCCAGACCCCCAUGCGAUCUGACCUCUCCUCAUGGAAGGACUACAGAAAACAACAAGGCCAUGGCUACGGACUGCUCACAGCUGAGGGGGAGGAAUGGCAAGAAGUACGUAGUCUACUGGGGAAGCACAUGUUACGUCCGAAAGCGGUAGAGGCUUACGACGGUACUCUAAACGCUGUGGUUGAUGACCUUAUCUCCAAGCUCCACCACCGUAGUGGCCAGGACCCUCACGGCCUAGUCCCAGACAUCGCCAGUGAGUUCUACCGCUUCGGCCUUGAAGGUAUCUCCUCAGUUUUGUUUGAGUCCAGGAUUGGUUGCUUAGACUCGGUGGUUCCAACGGAGACGGAUCGUUUCAUCGAGUCCAUUAACACAAUGUUUGUCAUGACGCUCCUUAUCAUGGCUAUGCCCAACUGGUUGAAACGGCUUUGCCCCUGGCCCUGGGUCACUUUCUGCCAAUCCUGGGACUACAUGUUUCAAUUCGCUAAAGGUCACAUUGACCAGCGUCUUAAUGAAGAAGGAAAGAAGUUGGCUCGGGGAGAAGAGGUGCAGGGGAGAUAUCUGACCUACUUCCUGUCACGCACAGGGCUGCCAAUGAAGACCGUGUAUAGCAAUGUCACCGAGCUGCUUCUGUCUGGAGUAGACACUAUCUCUAGCGCCAUGUCAUGGUCCCUGUAUGAACUGUCUCGACACCCUGAGGUGCAGGACAACCUGCGGGAGGAAGUGUUGGCCGUUAUGGGCAGUAGGAGGGUGCCAGGGGCUGCAGACGUUGCUCGCAUGCCCCUCAUGAAAGCCGUGCUCAAGGAGGUACUCAGACUCUAUCCAGUAAUUCCAGCCAAUGCCAGAGUCAUCGUGGACAGAGACAUCCAAGUCGGAGAAUACAUCGUCCCCAAAAAAACGUUGAUCACACUCUGCCACUUCGCCACAUCCAGAAAUGCGACUUGUUUUCCGAACCCGGAUGCCUUCCAGCCAGAUCGCUGGCUGAACCGGGACGGAGGCCACCACCCCUACGCCUCUGUGCCCUUUGGCGUGGGCAAACGUAGCUGCAUUGGCCGUCGCAUCGCAGAGCUGGAAGUCUACCUGGCACUCGCACGAAUUCUGAUGCACUUUGAUGUAAAGCCAGAUCCAGAAGGCAGUUGUGCAGCAGUCAAACCCAUGACCCGGACUCUGCUGGUUCCAGAAAGUGAGAUCAACCUGAAAUUGAUUGCAAGAUGAGCCGUCACCAGCUGAAAACUAGCUAUGUGAAUCUAACAGUAACUGAUAAGUCGCUAUCAAACCAAGUGUCUUUGGGUGAGAGAUGGGAGCUCAAAUAAAUGUAGCCCUACAAGCCUCAACCUACAGAUCAGCCCAUCAGAUUUCAAGCCCAGUUGGUUUCCGCUGGCCCGGCUCUGGGUUGAUAAAGCACUACGGGUGUGCCAUUGCAACAGCUAUGUGCCUCAUACUUUAGGAGAAGGUGAAGGGCGGUUAGUGCAAUAUUUUAAGUGCAUUAUGGCCUGUCUUAAGUUCUCCCUAUGCAGGAGUGAAAACAUAAAACUUGAAUCAUUUGAAGUGCAUCAGGACAAAUUAUGCAACAAAUUACUUUAAUGACAAGUGACAUUACUUUGCAAAAUCAAGUUGAUUCCACUUUCCAACACAAGAGCUUUUGUAUAAUUUAGGGAGUUGUUUAUGAAGUAGCAUUCAAAAGUCAAAACAGAUUCCCAAAAAUGGACUGUUCUGUAUAUUCCAUUUAAUACAUUCCAUCCUGAAAUCCUGUUUGUACAAAUGUUAUGCAUUAGUCAAUAAUGUUUUAUAUACAGUUGUGCUCAAAAGUUUGCAUACCCUUGGAGAAUUGGUAAUAUAUGUAC